CUGCGAUGUAUUGAUGGCUGAGAUAGGAUAAAUAAUAAUAAUAAUAGUUUGGUAUUUCCUAUACAUGUCUUGGAUGAUGAGGAUUGUCGUGUGAUUAGGGGGUUGACAUCCUGUUCUCUUGUUUGAUCGGAUCUGUGUCGUCUAAGUCUUUUGCUACCGUUUCCUCCGAAGCAGAAGGCAGCAUGAUGAAGGCAGUAAACGGACAUUCGCGGUCACAAAUGUCGGGAUCUUUGCGUCAAUUCUGGAAGGAUUUACUGUCAAAUGAGAAACUAGAGUCGGCUAUGCUGAGAUUGAAGGAGACAUCAUUGAUACAGACUCUUAAAUUAAUAGGUGCCAUACUAUCAUUAUUUGGAAUUAUUCUAUCAGCUAAAUGGAUUUGUGCGUCACCAGACGUUGGUCUUGACCCUGGUACCAACGUCAAAGACAUUGCUUGUGCUGCUACUGCGUCAGAGGGGGACGCAUGCCCAUGGAAAUUGGUGUUCUCUGACAUGGCAAAUCGACUCCAACUGUUAGAAAUGGCAUUUAAAGAUCAGGUGGUUGCUAGGCUAUCGAUAGAACGUGAAGUAAAUAACCAGAGUUAUGUUAAUUUACUUCUAGAUAAAAAGUUGGCUAGCUUCAUUGAUCGUUUAGAAAAGAUGAACAAAAGAUAUCAACACUUAGAGAAAAGAUUCGACGAUAUUUCUGCUAGGUUAUAUUCUGAUGAAUCUAUUGGGUUUAUAAUUAUUCUAGUUAUUAUAUUAGAGCUGUUGUUACGUUUUAAACCGCAAGUCAAAGCAUUACAGUUAAGAAUGCGUGGCCAGGAGAAGAAACUUCAACAUGAAGAAAAAGAGUCACCUCAACCUAAGAAUGGAGUUAACUAUUCUCCUAAACAUGGGAUAUCUUUAAAGAAUGAACUAUGUGUAGUGGUAUUCAAACGAGAUAAUAACAAUAUUAUAUCAACCUUCAUUGACCUAGCAAUUAAAAACCUCGAUGACGUAAAGCUAACGACACCAUCUCAUUACGUCAUCGAAAAACACGAUGUAUUGCGUCAAAUACCAAGAACUCGGCUGUAUUUAAUAGUGUCGGAAAUUGAUGAAAAGUCUACUUUUGGGUUUUGUCGUCAAAUGGAUAAUGAUAUACAGAUAUCUACAAUUAGAUAUAUAAAAUCUUUAGGCGGAAGUAUAAUCCUUGUUAUAGCCAACGAUGAAACCUCGAAGAAACUGACGGCGCAUUCUCUAUAUAACACGUCCUUACGAUUCAUCCAAUCAAAUGAUAUAUUACAAGAGUUGGCAUCCAAUGGAAAAGUGUUUAGCAUGUGGCGGGAACUUUCGUCGCAUCAAAUGAGCCAUUUACGUAAAAUUAUUCGGACUGCGUUAAAUUUGAAAAUGCCUAUUCGUUGACAUUAAUUAAUUACAAAUGAAGAACAGAGAAUUUUAUUUCUAGCAUAUGUUUUCGAAAUCAUACCGUGUACAAAUUGACACUAAAUUUUGUCAAAAAUUGUGCGAUGAGGUUGGCGCCUUGUCUGGCAUGAUGUUUUUGGUGGAGACAUGAACCAUUUGCGUAGAAUUAUCCUAAUUGCGUUAAAUAUGAGACUGCCUAUUAGUUGACAUUAUUAAUUACAAAUUGAGAACAAGAAUUUGAUUUCGCGUAUGUUUUUCGAAAUCAUACCGUGUACUUAUCGAAAUUAUGCACCCUUGUAAAUGUUCUCGCAUUAUGUUUUGACGGAGAUAAUUUUUAAAAAUAAAUAGGUACCUUAAGUCAAAGCUCUCUUCGGAGAGUACCCUUUUUGCAAUUAUUUAACAGGUGGGGGGAUUUGGGUAGGGGAGGGGUCGUGCCCAUUAAAAUCUGCUAUCCUGACCUUGCAUGUUGGUUGGCGUCUUCAAACCAGAACGGUCAUACAAGCUAGCAAUAAAAUAUGAAGAUCUAUUCUAUUUAGUAUUUAUAAAUAAUUAACAGUGAGACUUGACGGGAUCGAUAAUGAGAACUCUGGUAUUAAUUUGUCUAUAUUGUCUAUGUCCAAGGGCCAAGGAAAGCACACAAACCUAUGGUUAUAAUUUUAUUUCAAUAAUUCGCUUGCGACGCUGCGCGUAGUAGGCCUCGUAUUUAGCAGUGGGCGGAAACCAGGGGAGCGGGAGAAAACCAGCGACCCUCCUCCUUGUUUUCGUUCGACCUGGGAAUCGAAAACACAACUUGAAUCAUUGACAGGCCUUAUGAUCAAGAAGGCACCAGUUAGACAGUAUAUGAUUUAGAGCCUGGGUGUUUUUGGAUUAUUACCUUUCUUUGACAGUCAUUUGGCCUAUGGAGGAGCUUUAAUCUUUAAUAAUCAAAAUAAUAAAAAAAGU